AUGACGAACACUUUCAUCAAUUACUCCUUCACACUGAAGUACGCUGGCUGUCGAAAGGCUUAUACUAUUUUAGAAUUUUUGGAUACUAAAGAUAAAAUUUUAAAAGAAAAUUUAAUGAAGAGGAAAACAGACAUCGCCUUUUUAACAGAUUUGUUUACAAAAUUUAAUAUGGUUAAUUUGCAAUUACAAGGCGACAGUUUAAAUUUGAUUAAAAGAAAGUCCAUCUUAUCAGUGUUUCUUGCCAGAGUUAAACUAAUGAAGCAAAAUAUUGGACGGGGCGAAUUUUCUCAGUUCCCCAAUUUGUCACAGACAAGCUGCCAGGAAGACGGCGUUUCAACUUACGUUCAACAUUUAAAUGCCCUCUAUUCAGAUUUUGAAUCUAGGUUUGAGGAUAUUUUGACUAUGGUAAUACCACCUGGAUAA